GUGUGUUCGUGUUUGUGCAGGGAUGUCUUGUUCAAAGAAGCUCAGCUGUUUCGCACAGUAAGCGUAUCAUGGCUGCAACUUCGGCAAUGAUGGGAGUAUUACCGUUCCUGUUAGACCUACUGUCCAUGGUCCCCGCUGGAGCUCAUGUAAUUUGUCUGAGUGACAUGUAUGGCACGAUCAACUCCCCGAACUUUCCAGAACCCUACCCUAAAGAGUCCGAGGUCCGCUGGAACAUAAGCGUUCCCGACGGGUUCCAAAUCAGACUUUACUUCCUGCACUUCGACCUAGAACCCUCCUACCUCUGUGAGUACGACUAUGUCAAGGUGGAGGCUAAUGGAGAGGAGCUGGCAGUGUUCUGUGGGCGCGAGGACAGUGACACAGAGCAGGUCCCAGGAGAGCAGGUCAUCAGCUCCCCUAGGAGCUCCUUCAGUGUCUCCUUCCGGUCCGACUUCUCCAAUGAGGAACGCUUCUUGGGCUUCGAGUCCCACUACAGCGCUGUCGAUGUGGAUGAGUGUAGGGACAGGAACGAUGAGGAUCUGGCCUGUGACCAUUUCUGCCACAACUACAUCGGUGGCUACUACUGCUCCUGUCGCUAUGGCUACCUGCUGCAUUCUGACAACAGGACAUGUCGAGUGGAGUGCAGUGAUAAUGUGUAUACGGAGCGGUCAGGGGUGCUUUCCAGUUCCGACUUCCCCAACCCCUACCCUAAAAGCUCUGACUGCCUGUACCACAUUGAGCUGGAAGAUGGAUUCCUGCUCAGCCUGGAGUUUGAUGACACCUUCGACAUUGAGGACCACCCUGACGUCACCUGUCCCUACGACUAUGUCAAGAUCCAGGCUGGAGAGAAGGAGUAUGGUCCGUUCUGUGGUGACCGGCCACCAGGCAAGAUCCAGACAGAGAGCAACAAGGUCCAGGUGUUCUUCCACAGUGAUAACUCUGGAGAGAACAUCGGCUGGAGGCUCUCCUACACCUCUUCAGGAAGGAGUCAGUGUCCCGUCCCUGUGAAGCCCCUCUAUGGCCAGCUGGAUCCGGUCCAGAUCCAGUACUCCUUCAAAGACCACAUCCUGGUAUCCUGUGACCCAGGAUACAGACUGAUAAGGGAUGGAGAGGAACUGGAGCACUUUCAGAUCGAGUGUCAGAAAGAUGGCUCAUGGAACAGUUUUGUCCCACUUUGUGAAAUGGUGGAUUGUGGGACUCCUGGUGAGGUUGCCAUGGGUGACAUCAUCUUCGAGAGCUCUGGCAACAGCACCCUGUUCGGUUCUAUAAUCCAGUACAUCUGCAGGGAGUCCAUGUACCAGAUUCACCCCAAGAUCAACAGUAUGUACACCUGUGGAGAGAAGGGAGAGUGGACCAACUCAGAACAUGGGACUAAAACUCCUUCCUGUUUGCCAGCAUGUGGGGAGCCGUCCCAGCCCUUCCCAGCACAGAUUAAGCGUAUCGUCGGGGGGCGUAGCACUGUGCCAGGUCUCUUCCCCUGGCAGGUCCUCCUCACUGUGGAAGACAUGUCCCGUGUCCCGGAGGACCGCUGGUUCGGGAGCGGUGCCCUGCUCUCUGAGUCUUGGGUCCUCACCGCUGCUCACGUCCUGCGCUCCCAACGCCGCGGCGCCACCGUAGUGCCUGUGGCGCCCGAACACGUCCGAGUCUACCUAGGCCUGCACGACGUCCGUGCCAAACAAAAUGCCACCAACCGCACUGUGGAACAAGUCAUCCUCCACCCUCACUUCGACCCUCGCAAUUACAACAACGACAUCGCCUUGGUCAAGCUGAGUCAGGCGGUGCCAGUAGGGGAGCUGGUGCGGCCCGUCUGCCUGCCCCCUCCCCAGGGCAAAGACAGGCCCCAGAGCCCCCAGCUCAACACCCUGGGCCUGGUGGCCGGCUGGGGCAUCUCCAACCCCAAUGCCUCUGUGGCCGCUGACAUCACCGCGCUCUCCUCUGACCUGGGCAUGGUGUCGGACGUGCUGCAGUAUGUCAAGCUGCCUGUGGUGGCACAGGAGGAGUGUAAGGCCAGCUAUGCAUCACGCUCCAUCAACUACAAUAUCACUGACAACAUGUUCUGUGCCGGCUUCUACGAGGGUGGGCGUGACACGUGCCUUGGGGACAGCGGGGGGGCGUUCGUGAUGGAGGAGCCCGGAAGCGGGCGCUGGGUGGCCCAAGGCCUGGUGUCAUGGGGGGGCCCGGAGGAAUGUGGGAGCCAGAGGGUUUAUGGAGUUUACACCCGGGUGGCCAACUAUGCCGAUUGGUUGCAGAGCCAACUGGGGACGGGGCCGUGGUGGUGAGAGGGAAUAAGGGGGCUCAGUUACAUCCCGAUGACAAGCAAUUUCCAUGUCAAACUCGACUUGAAAUCCUUGUGCAUUCUUAUAUGAUGAACUCCAAUGUAUCAUUCCCCUCUGUUCAACCUGUCCCCUAUC